AUGGCCAAAGGAGCAUUUCAAAGUUUUGGAUUUUCUCCAAAACUUUUGGACUCAAUCAGAAUUAUUGGUUAUUCUCUUCCGACUCCGAUACAACGUAAAUGUUUCCCAUCUAUUCUAGCAGGUAGAGAUGUGGUUGCUAUGGCAAGAACUGGCUCAGGUAAAACUGCGGGUUUUGUAUUGCCUAUGAUUGAACGAUUAGGUUGUUCUCAUUCUCAAAUUGUUGGAAUUAGAGGGAUCAUACUAUCCCCCACUAGAGAGCUCGCAUUACAGACCUAUCGUGUUGUACGGAAACUUUCCUGCAAAACUAAUAUGGUUAUUUGUGCACUUACAGGUGGUUCAUCACUUGAUAGACAGUUCGAAUCGUUAUCUGGGAACCCGGAUAUUGUAGUUGCUACCCCAGGAAGAUUAUUUCAUCAUAUUAUAGAAGCAGGACUAUCGUUAGCGGCGGUUAAAAUAAUUGUUCUUGAUGAAGCAGACCGUUUAUUUGAAAUGGGAUUAAUUGACCAAAUUGAGAGAAUACUGGAAUCUAUUCCAAAGAAUAGGCAAUGCAUACUAGUUUCGGCUACAAUGCCAACUGCGCUUGCAUCAUUCUCUAAAGUUAGGUUAAAUGAACCGGAAGUUAUUCAAAUAGAUUCAGAUUAUAUUUUAAGUGAAACAUUAAAGUUGACAUUUUUAUUCACAAGAGAAGACGAAAAGCUUGCAUCUUUACUAUUCCUGUUUAGAAAUAUUAUUUCUCCUAAUGAAAGAGCUAUUGUUUUCUGUGCAACUAAACAUCAUGUUGACUAUAUUGCAAAAAUUUUUGAGGCAAAUAACAUUAUUGUCAGUUAUAUUUAUGGUAAUAUGGAUCAAGAAGCACGCACGAUGCAUUUAAGUACAUUUAGAAAGAAUAAGAGUAGGGCAUUAAUAGUAACUGACAUUGCUGCCAGAGGUGUGGAUAUUCCAAUGAUCAAAUAUGUUAUAAAUUUUGAUUUUCCGCUGAGCCCAAAGCUAUUUGUCCAUAGGACAGGAAGAACAGCUAGAGCAGGCCAAUAUGGUAGAGCGUUUUCACUUAUUACUUCUAGAGAUUUGCCGUAUACAAUGGAACUUUGUUUAUUUCUUGGUCUCAAAAUGACCACUUUAACUUGUAACCAAGUUACCGAUCCUUCCAGUGACUACUUAAUCGCGGAAGAAAGAUCCGAAACAAAUGCAUAUGAUAACAGUUUUUCUAAAGAAUUGGCACCUUCUAUUACUAGCUCAUCUUCAUUAAGUAACUUAAAUGACAGAUCAAGAUUAAUUUUAGCUAGUUUUCCAGAUUUAACAUUCGAAAUAGAAUCCAUUGAAAGAAUUCUUGCAGAAAAUUCUGAAAUAGAGAGAUACAGAAGGUCGAUGGAAUCUGCAUAUUUAUUAUAUUUGAAAACUAGGGCGUCAUCUUCAAAAGAAAGCUUGAAAAGAUCACGAGAACUUUUAGAUAAUUGUGGAGGAGUAUCUAAAAUAUUAAUGACAGUUCAUCCGGACUUGAAUAUAAGUGAAAAUGAAACUCAUUUAGAUAUGAUGAAUAAUCCCAAUUUCAAAGUUAUCAGUGAUCCUCUUAUUGACCACUUAAGAUCAUUCAGACCAACUGAAAAUAAGGCUUACGAAAAUAAACAUGGAUACCAUAACCAAAUCAAUGGGAAAAUGGUUUUAAAGUCAUCAGUCAAAAUGAAAAAAAUUAAAGAUAUGAAUAUAAUUGCAAAGUCAAUUUUAAAUGAAGGUAAAUUCAGCAGUAAUACAAAUAUUUUUGAAGGCCAAUUUAAUUGUGCUUUAGACAAGAUAUCUCAAGAUAAUAACACAUCGCAAACUGUUAAUAAAAAAAGAAAACCUAAAAAACAGUGUAAUAGAGUUAAAGAAGCAGAGCAUUUUUUUAUUCCAUAUAAGAAUAGUCAAGAAGAAAUUUCAAGAUCGGCUGGAUUACAAUUAGAAUCAUCUAGCUUUGAUAUUAAUCCUGAUGAAGAAGGUGAAAUGAAGAAACAAAAAUGCGUUAGAAAAUGGAAUUCUAAAAAGAAGAGGUAUGAACUGGUAGAUAACUUAAGACAAAACCCUAUCAAAAAAGUGAAUGAAAGCGGCGUUAAGGUUAGGGGAGAGUUAAAGUGCACAGGACAAUAUAAAAAAUGGAAAGCAAAUACAAAUUUAAAGAUCCAAAAUGUUGGUGAAAUUGAGGACAAAGAGCUUAAUAAAAAUAGAGGUAAGAAUCGGCCUAAAGAUAAAUGUAACAUUAAUGAUAGCAACAGUUCAUUUGACUAUUCAAAUGUACAUGAUAAAUACAAAGGGAUAGUGGAAGCUGUUAAUAAUGGCAUUAAGCUGACUCAUAAACAAAAACGUAUUGCAAAACGUAUUGGGAUAAUUAGAGAAAACAUUGCUAAUAGGGGUGGAAUUUUACAAAAUGAAAUAAAGACUCCACAGCAGAUCCUUAAAAAACGGGCCAAUGAAACUAAGAAAAGAAUGAGAAAUGAUCCAGAAUAUAGAAGAAAGCAAUUGGCAAAAAAAAGUAAGGAGUUUAUGGAGAAAAAUUUAAAAAAAGUCAUUGAAAGAGGGAAACCAAAUAGAAGCAAAGUUAUUAUAGUUGAAAAGCGUAGGUAG